ACAAUACAUAUAUUUGAAAACGAUUGAUCAUAUCUUUGCCUUCUUGUUAUAAUCUUGUUUGAGUCUCUCUCAAGGGUGAAAGAGAAUGUUGAAAGAAGAUAAGUCAUGCGUAGAAGCAAAUUCUACAAGUAGGAGCAAGUUUGAAGAUCGUCUGCCUUCUACUUAUUCCAUGAAGAUCCAAAGCCUCUCUCAGCUCAAUACUCUCUUCCCCGAUGACGGAUACAAAUCCCGUUCUUUCUCUUCCGGCAAAUACAACUGGAGAUUGGUUAUAUAUCCAAAGGAUGUUGAAGGGAACCAGUUCAAUGCAUUAAGACCGGUAUGGGGAUUUUCGCAAGUGGUUCCGCUUGAUACAUUCAAUGAUCCGGAAAACGGAUAUGUCUUCGAUGGAGAUCAAUGCGAGUUUGGUGUUGAUGUGAUGGUUCCACAUACCAAUUGGGAAGUUGUCUCGUUUGAUCAGAAACCCUUGUAUCCCAAAUUCUCUUGGACGGUCAACAAAUUCUCUAAGUUGAAAGUGAAUACCUACGAAUCAAAGAAGUUUUUAAUGGGAGGAAAGAAUUGGGUGAUAAUGUUGUAUCCCAAGGGCAAAACAAAUUGCAAAUUCUUAUCCCUCUAUCUGAAAGCUGAUGAUAAAACAAUAAAGGAAGAAGUUUAUGCGCAAGUGGAUAUGCGAAUUGUCGACCCAUUUGGAUGCAAUCACGUGACUAGGACAAGUAAGUCAUAACAUUUUGUUUAGAUAUUGUGAUGUAUAUUCAUGAGAGAUUAAAUUCUGUUUACUGCA